AUGAGAACGUCACUCUCAAGAUCAGGGCUCUUGAAGAGCUUCAACGCCAUUGCUCGGGUACUCUUAGUACUUGCACCUGCACAUUCUUUCGCCCAGGCCGACAGAAAUUAUGAAUAUGAUGCUGAAUACUCAAUCGGGCUGAUCCAUCCGUUCUCCCAAGAUAGACAUACAAUUCGUGGAUACCAAAUAUUUGGCGAUCCGCAGAUACUCUCGGACAGAUUGGUCCUAACACCACCAAGCCCCGGGAACCAACGCGUUGGACUAUAUACGCAAAAACCAAAUCCAUAUAAGGAAUGGUCCGUCGAUAUUGAUUUUAGAACAUCGGGCGGCGAAAGGCCUGGUGGGAGUUUCCAUUUCUGGUACACCGCAGCUUUGGUCGUUGAUUCGUAUGGUGGAUCAGGAAGCGUUCGGGGGUUGUCCAAGGGCCGAAGACCUUUAAGGUCGAAGUUGAUGGAAACUUGUGUUUUGAAACGGAAAAGGUUAAACUUCCUUCUAGCUACCACUUCGGAGUCUUCCCCGGAACAGCGUGGAGACGCAUCUGGGACUCAGCAACAGGAUAUUGGAGAUAAUGAGCAGAUAAAUCGCGAGUCAUCUCAGCAAAACGCUCAGAAUGACGCCCCCAGAGCGCAUGGCCGGACACCUCACGAGCAGGACUUUGAGGAGUACAUUCCCGAGUUCCAGGACACAUCUGCAGAGAUGUACAAAACGCCGGAACAGCAGUUCCAGGAUUUGCACGAUCGAUUGCAGGGCAUGACACAUCACAUGGCUGCGAUCCAAUCCCAAAUUGGAAUGCUCUAUGACAGACUCGAUGCGCUGACCCACAGGCACGACGACAUGCGUUCUGAAAUGAGAGGAACUAGAGUUCCCCGCAGCCAAAUUGAUAAUAUGGAGACCAAAAUAAACGUUAUUGAAAAUCUCGCUGUACAAAUUGGGAACGCAAUCACCCACAAAGAUUACUCACACCAGUUCGACGCGCUGCAGAGGACUCUGAGAGAGCAUCACUCCAAUUUACUAUAUACCGUCCCCGAUACCGUGACCCAAGCCCUGUCAACGAGUGGCUCCAGGCUUGGAACAUACAUUGCAAUUCUUAUUGCUUUCCAAGCGUUUAUUGUUGCUGGGUACGUUGUUUACAAGCGGAGGAGAGCAGGCUCGCCCAAAAAGUACUUGUAG